AUGCGAUGCGCGAGCAAGGCCGCCGAGAGCGCGUCUGCACGUCUCUGUGCGGACGCCGAAGCAGAAACUACGGCAACUGAUGUCCCAUCGGUUGCUGAAUCGACUCAGCCUGUAUCACCUGGUGAUGCAGGCGCUGGUCAUGAAGACACUCGUGUCUUCACAGAGUACGAGCUCGGUGUCUCGUACUCUCCUGAUACGGAUGACGGAUCCGUAUCGACGGCAAUUGAAUCCAAGCCGCCUGCCAAGCGUGGCAUGGACGAUGCUUUGCGUCGCAGCAUCUUUGGUUCAUCUGAUGAGUCAGAUGAACCAUCGCCGAAGCGAAGGCGCUCGAGGUCGCGAGACUCGGGCGCUAAUAGUGGUGUCGUUUCUCCAAUGGACACCACUUCACAGCGAGGUGCCAGUACUUCUGUCGGCACGUCGCAGGAAGAGCGGGACCGCAAUGUGUUGCGUCUCGCUCCAGAAAAGAAGGCAUGGAUGCCUCCUAAAUCUGUCAUGGAUCACUUGUCGGCGACGACGAGUGAUCGUUAUCGAACACGAUUGUUCGAUUCGUCAAGGAUUCAUCACCUUGACCCCAGCGCGAAAGACUAUCGCGCUGAACAUGAGUUCUUCAUCGAUGCUUUCUUCAGACAUCGAUGGUACAGUGGGAAUCACAAACGUGAUGGUCCCUCACUACUUCAGGCGUGGAACGCCUACAUCCAUAAUCUCGAGGAUGUAGGUCGUGACGCUUGGAACGACAAACUUAUCAAAGCUCGUGAUAAGUUUGAAAAGCGAACCCCGACAGGUGCACGCUACAAGCUGCAUCGUCUGUCAAGGGAGAAGGGGAUUACCCUGCCUCUCUUGGGGAGACUCGUGCCCAUGUUGUGUGAACAACUCUGCACGAGCACCUAA